UUCCUUGCUCGGAGCUCAGACAACAAAGGCAGAGGGUUUCUUUCUCUCAGCAUCUCCACCCAACAGCCCAGCCCUGGUCUCGGAGGUCCACCACAAUAUGGAACUGGAUUUUGGACACUUUGACGAAAGAGACAAGGCAUCCAGGAACAUGCGAGGGGCCCGGCUGAAUGGGCUUCCCAGCCCUACCCACAGCGCCCACUGCAGCUUCUACCGGACCCGGACCUUGCAGGCUCUGAGCAAUGAGAAGAAGGCCAAGAAGGUCCGCUUCUACCGAAACGGAGACCGCUACUUCAAGGGCAUCGUGUACGCCGUGUCCACUGACCGCUUUCGAAGCUUCGACGCCUUGCUGGCUGACCUGACCCGCUCCCUGUCCGACAACAUCAACCUCCCUCAGGGAGUGCGUUACAUCUAUACCAUUGAUGGAGGCCGCAAGAUUGGGAGCAUGGAGGAGCUGGAGGAAGGUGAAAGCUAUGUGUGCUCCUCAGACAAUUUCUUCAAGAAGGUGGAGUAUGCCAAGAAUGCCAACCCCAACUGGUCGGUCAACGUGAAGACUUCGGCCAAUCUGAAAGCUCCCCAGUCCCUGGCCAGCAGCCAUAGUGCCCAGGCUAGGGAGAACAAGGACUUUGUUCGGCCCAAGCUGGUGACCAUCAUCCGCAGUGGGGUGAAGCCCCGCAAGGCUGUGCGGGUGCUCUUGAAUAAGAAGACGGCCCACUCCUUCGAGCAAGUCCUCACAGACAUCACUGAGGCCAUCAAACUGGAGACUGGGGUGGUCAAAAAGCUGUAUACGCUGGAUGGGAAGCAGGUGACCUGCCUCCAUGAUUUCUUUGGUGAUGAUGAUGUAUUUAUUGCCUGUGGUCCUGAAAAGUUCCGCUAUGCCCAGGACGACUUCUCCCUGGAUGAGAAUGAGUGUCGAGUCAUGAAGGGGGCCCCGCCUGCCAACACUGGCACCAAGUCAUCUCCCAAGACUCAAAAGAGCUCAGCAAAAAGUCCCGGCCCUGUGCGCAGAAGCAAGUCUCCGGCUGACUCAGGUAACGACCAAGAUGCCAACGGGACGUCUAGCAGCCAGCUGUCCACCCCCAAGUCCAAGCAGUCGCCCAUUUCGACCCCCACCAGCCCUGGGAGCCUCCGGAAGCACAAGGUAGACCUGUACCUGCCUCUGUCCUUGGACGACUCCGACUCCCUGGGAGAUUCGAUGUGAAGAGAAGACGAUGCCCCGCAUCCAGAGGCCAACUUUCCACUUUCCUCCUAUACAGUAUGGUACUUCUGCUAGAGUGUCCAAUAGGGCGAUUAUUGCUUUCAAGUUUCAAAAAAAGAGAGAGAAAGAAAGAAAGAAAAAAAAGAAAAAGGACGCAGAGUUAACAUGGGUUUUUGUUUUCUGUGAUUCCUCCUCUGGGCCACAAAUCCACAGUUAUCAAGUAAGGAGGUUAGAUGGAUACCAUUUGUUGAGUAAUUUGAUGGGGAUGUGAUAUGUGCCGUUCCAUGGACCUUCUGUGAAAUUCCUGAACCCCCACGGGGUUCAUGCUAGUCUUAUUCUAGUGCUAUAGAUUGCCUUCCAAGGAGGGUAGCUCAUACAAGUCACACCGAAAAUGUGGCUGGGGGCAGGGGGUGGGGGGAAAGGGAAUCUGGAGCAAAAAAUCCUUGGUGAAUCCUCAACUGGGCAAAAAGUGCCCCUGAUCUCCUUGUCUGAAGAAGGCUGCCAGGGGUAGGAGCUGAUGCUGGUCAUCUCUCAGCUUGCCCCUCUGACAGAGCCCCAACCUGACAUCUGACACCAAUUUGGGAUGCCAAGGAGGCAGGGUGAGCAGGGAAGCCAGUGACUUGUACUAGUGCCAUCACCUAGCAGGGUGAGAGCACCGUACUGAGUGAAGGUGACCACACCAGAAGGAUUCCUAGCCUAGCCCACCAAAGCAAGAGCCAUAUCUGGUAGGCUUUGGAGAGUGGGGUCAACUCCUUCACCUCCUCCACUGAGCCAAGCAGGAAUCCAUGAGCCAACCUGAUCAGCUGGAGCCAAGGGACUUGAAGCAUCCAUUCCUGAGGGCCAUGUUCAUCCUCUUGUCAGUGAUGGUAUCGGGCUAUCUCCAUGUCUUCUGUUGAAUGCCUUUGCGAACCACCAACACUGAAAACACUGUGAGAAUUUGUUUUCAGGGCUGACAUCUUUCAGUCGCAUUUUAUAGCAAGAACUCAAUCUCCUUUUUGUAAACAAGCAAAAACAAAAACCUCAUGUCUGUGUUUCAGGAGUAAACUCUUCCUGCUCCUUUUUUUAUAAGCUGGGCCUUUUUCUUUUGUCUAAAAAAAAAUGUGCAGAAAAUGAAAAAAAACCCACCACCAACAACAACCUUCCGAACCACAAAAGGAUGAGAGUUUAGCGAUGAUGCUGUCACUGCCAAACUGCCUUCUGGAGAUGCCAAGAACAGCCAAGGCCCACACAGUGGGAUCAGCCUUCAAAUGAGCUUUGUAACCAUUGAGCUGGAACACCCAAUGCCAGCGGGGCCUACCAUUCCCACUGCAUCCUCAGUCCUUCCCAUUGCCACCCAAACAGAGAAGACAUUGCUCCUCUUCACCUUGGAUGCCUGAUUUGGCCCAGCCUUUGGGCUUUGAGGCUGGAGCUCCCCUGAGAAGUCAUGAGGCCUUCUCAACUGAGAUCUGAAGUCACACCUGACUCCACCACCAUUUCCCUGUGUGUUAGAAGGGAUAGGGAAGGUUUGAAUGGCAUGGCAUGGCAUGGCUUGGCUUGGCUACUGAAUGACUCUGGGUCAUUCCUCCACCAUACCUGGAGCAAGCCAGUUGUGUGUGUGUGUCUGUGUGUGUGUGUCUGUGUGUGUGUGUGUGUGUAACUGUGUCACCAUCAAGUGUCCUCUGCAGGCCACCUCAGUCUGGGCUGCUGACUACUGACGUGGACACAAGAUGGGACACACGGUGCUGUGGUAGGGGACACUAUGGCAGAAGUGUGACUUGGAUCUUAGGAUCUUAGCACAUCUGAGCUGAAGGAGACCUUAGAACUCAUUUCAUCCAACCCUCUCAUUUGAAGAUGAGGGACCUGAGGCCCAAAGGGAGGAAAUAAUUUGUCCAACAUCACCCAGGGAGUAGGCAGCAGAGUCAAGAUUUGAACCCCCAACCCCUGACUCAAAAUUACCCAAGUCAAGCUCAAGACUGGCCCUGCUGCUGGAGCCAAGACAAUGCAUGAUGGACACGCCCUCCACUCUCCUGUUGAACCUUCUGGUAGCAUAAAGGUCAAGGGUCUCUUCCCUUCUUCCUCCUUCUCUCUUUUCUUCUGGGAAGUUGAAGGAUUCCCUGGCCACUCCCCUUGCAUUCCUCCUAGGAGCUCAUUGUAAUUUCUUUGGAAGAAGACUUUCAUACUCCUGUUCUCCAUUUGGUGGGUCACCCCUCAAGGGUCUAAAGCAGUAGCCCCAUCCCCAGACCCCCCUGGCCUCACAUGCAGGGCUUCUGCCCGCUGGUCAUCUCCUUCUCAGUCUCUGGUGGGCUCCCACCAGAAUCCUGGUAUUUCUUUUUACUAGUAUGGAGCCCAAAGUUCUCAAACCACAGGCCCAGGCUCAUCUUGCCUUAACUAGCUCCAUGGAGCCAAUGAUCCAGUGUCCAGGCAGACAGAAGCUUCGCUUGUGCUGUUACCAUCAGGGAAGACCAGGCCUCCUUAGGCCCUCUGUGGGGCAGAGACAGGCCCACAUCCUUUGUGAUCUCCACUCUCUUCUGGUG